AUGACAGAAUCAGCUCUUGUUGUCCUUGUAGAUGUUAAUUUUGAAGAGAGUGCAAAUGAGGACCAUGAUGAAGAUAUGGUUAUUGAUGCUGCUAAACAGGGUGAUGAAGUUGCCCGUGCAUUAGUUGCUGCAGAUGCACUUGGCAAAGCCUCCUUGAGCACCACUUCAGUUCCUUUUCAGGACAUAGCAGAUUCUUUGCAGGAACUAGACAUGGAACACUAUGAUGAAGAGGAUGAUGGUGUUGAGCUGAUUGGCACGGGAAUUGGGGAUGCUUAUUAUCCAAGUAAUGACAUGGACCCGUAUUUGAAGGAUCAGAAUGAUGAUGACUCUGAAGAGGUUGAGGACAUGACCAUAACAGUUGUGAUUGCUGACAUGCCACAUUGA